CCGAACUGGACUGUGUGACUCCAGGAUGCUGCUGGACCCCAGAAAGGCUGAAGAGCGCCCCCCACUGAGGACGUGGGCGAACAUCUGCGGGGCGAGAGAGCGGCGGAGCUGCCCCGACGGAGACGAGUGGAGACAACAGCACAGAGACAAACAGACUGACCGCAGACGGCAGAACAGUGACCACAGAUGGGUGUGGAGGCCGCCGCUAUGUGAGGAAGAUGGGGUCAUCAUGGAUUAUUCCCAGAACAGCUCAGUCAGUCCAGUGGACAGUUUUGAGCAGGAGGCUGUGCUGAACCACCUUCACAGCCUGCAGGUGGCGCCGUCUCUCGGGGAGCUGCUGCCUGGCCUCCUGCACAGAGAGAUGGAGGCAGCCAUGGAUAGCCUGGGCCUCCUGUACGACCGGACCUACGCCUGGGACGUCUUCUCAGACAUGAUGAGGAGUCAGCUGCGCUGCACGCUGCCGAGCGCCGAGCUGCCGCGGCCGUUCUCCGAGAACACUCGCGUGAUCCUGGUGGACUGGCUCAUUCAGGUUCAUGAGGUGUUCAACUUCUCAGAGGAGACGCUGUACCUGGCCAUUCACCUGCUGAACCGAGCGCUCAGGUGUGUUAAAGUCUCUGUGUCCAGCCUGCAGCUGCUGGGCAUCACCUGCCUCUUCAUCGCCGCCAAGAAGGAGGAGUGUUUACUGCCAGAGGUGUCUGAGCUGUGUUAUCUGAUGGCGAAUGCGUACAGUAAGAAGCAGUUCCUGCGGAUGGAGCGUCGGGUCCUGGGUGGUCUUCAGUUUGAGCUGUUUCACUGCCCACCGAUUCACUUCCUGCUGCUGUCCGCCUACAUCGCACGCUGCAGCGACAAGGUGGUGUGUAUGGCGCGGUAUCUGCUGGAGCUCUCUCUGUUGGAGGGUCAGUGUGUGGUGUAUUUGCCUGCACAGCUGGCCGGCGCUGCGCUCCGCCUCGCCCGCAGGCUGCUGCAGGACACGCCCACACCUGAGGCGGAGACGGCCUGGUGCGUCGCCUCCACCAUCCACGUAGGCAGUGAGGCGACUCUGUGCGGUAUAAUGCAGAUCAUGGCCGCGGCUGCAGCUCGAGCGUCCAGCCGGGAAACUCGCGCCACCUUCGUAAAGUACUCCACCGCAGAAACGCUGCAGGUCAGCCUGCACCCCGCGCUGAGCAGCGCCCCCUGCCUGCUGGGCCUGCCGACCUGA